UCAACUGGGUCUAGCCGGCGAAGCAGCUAUGUGAAUUUCGCACAGUAACCCCUAGAAAAAGAAAUGAACAUAAUUUAACCGAAAAAAAUUGUGGUAACCAAGACGAAAACGAUACUUCUCGCCUCUGGCUCCCUCAAACCUUCUUCAUUGCUGCUCUUUCAGGCUUUGCGGGAGCCAUUUUAUGCUAGCUUUCUCGCCUGGGGGCUUGAUAUGGGUCUAUGCUUUGGGUCUCUCGCCCACGAUGAUGGAGCGACGUCUAGUAUCAACAAAAAUCCAUGUUCAGGUUCAGCGAGUACUGACAGUAAGAACGUUGGGUUCUCUGCUACGAACAGCAGUGCUGCGAGGAGUCAAUUUUCAGAACUGGCAAGUGGGAGCCUCGGCGAUUCCCUUCCUUCCCCUAACGGGCAAAUUCUAGAAACUCCAAACCUGAAGGUAUUCAGUUUUGGAGACUUGAAAGCAGCUACAAAGAACUUCAAAUCCGAUACAUUGCUUGGAGAGGGUGGUUUUGGUAAAGUUUACAAAGGCUGGCUGGAUGAGAAGACACUGACACCAUCUAAGGCAGGGUGUGGAAUUGUGGUUGCUAUUAAAAAAUUGAACGCAGAAAGCGUGCAAGGAUUCCAAGAGUGGCAGUCAGAAGUCAAUUUCUUGGGAAGGCUUUCUCAUCCCAACUUGGUCAAGCUAUUGGGUUACUGUUGGGAUGCUGAGGAGCUGCUGCUUGUGUAUGAGUUCAUGCCAAAGGGCAGUUUGGAGAAUCAUCUCUUCAGAAGAAUUUCUAACAUUGAACCACUUUCGUGGAACAUGCGACUCAAAAUAGCUAUUGGUGCAGCUCGAGGCCUUGCCUUUUUGCACGCAUCAGAAAAGCAAGUGAUAUACAGAGAUUUCAAGGCCUCAAAUAUACUACUUGAUGGGAAUUAUAAUGCAAAAAUUUCUGACUUUGGCUUGGCGAAAUUGGGGCCGUUAGGUGGAGAAUCACAUGUUACAACUAGGGUUAUGGGCACUUAUGGUUAUGCUGCUCCAGAAUAUGUUGCUACAGGCCACUUGUAUGUAAAGAGCGAUGUGUAUGGAUUUGGUGUAGUGCUGCUUGAAAUGCUGACAGGUCUGAGGGCACUUGAUCCAAAGCGACCCAGUGGGCGGCAGAAUCUGGUUGAAUGGGUGAAGCCAUAUCUGUCUAGCAAAAGAAAGUUGAAAGCCAUUAUGGACGCUCGGAUUCAGGGUCAAUAUUCACUCAAGGCAGCAUCACAGGCAGCUAAGCUUGCUCUGAAUUGCCUACAACCUGACCCCAAACACCGUCCUUCCAUGAAAGAAGUAGUUGAGGAAUUGGAAGGCAUGGAACAAUCAAAGACAAAGUAAGUGUUCAAACGCCCCAAAAAAAAGGGACAAAGUAAAGCUAUCCAAAGUAGGAAGCUCAAGCUAUUCUGAGGUUGAAACUGUGGUUAAACGGUAGUAUGAUCGAAACAAUUGGCUGAAUCGGCCUCUUGAUACAUGUUCUUUGUUGGUUCUAUUCUUGGGCGGAGGGGGAGAUUUUAACCAGCCUUUUUACUGCCGCGAUUGGACUAGGUUCUUUUUCUGUAUAGUGGGUCGAUAUUCUGUAUCACGAUCACUGUAUCUGCGGUUAGAUUUUUCAAAUGUGAUUUUGUACUAUUAUAGUUGCAACACUUGUUGGAGUGGUUCAGGGUGGAGACUGCGUAAAAAUGAGUGAUGUAUCAAAUGAAAGGUUAACAAUAAGAACAAGACGAGACUUUCCUUAAGA